CCAAUAUACAUUAUACAUACAAGUCAAUAAAAAUGUAUUACAAAUUAAAUGUUUUUUUUAAUUGUGUUUUAUCAAUCUUAAUAGAAUAAAAACAGAACACAAUCAAGUCAAUCUUCUGUCCCGGCCCUGGCUACAAAUACUUAUUAGAAUUCUAAUCUCAUAAAAAUAACCGUGUUUUGAUCAUUCUUAUAAUAUGAAUAAUAGAGGCGUAUAAUUAUUUUACACAUUCUAGGAUCUUUUUUGGCCUAUUUCUGAUCCCCAUUACAAUUUUUGAACCUUAAAAAAUUUGUUUUGUUGGCUGUAAAUUUUAUAACAGAAGUAGAUAAUGAUCCAAAGAAUGAUAAUUCAUUUAUUAAAUCACUUGUGCAGGAUGCAUUAUGAGGAGGACCAUGAUGGACAGUGUGAAUGUGAAUUUGUCAACGCUAAUCCUACAAUCUUGAAGAAACAUAAGAAAACUCAUGGCUUGCUUUACACCUGCGAUCUUUGUGCUUAUUCAACGAAAGUUUUAGAGAACUUAAAUGAUCACAAUAAAAGGUUGUGAUGUUUAAUUACCUCUUUAAGGGUAGUAUUAAAGAAUACAUGGAGUUUCGGACAGAAAUCUGAUGUAAAGAUAACAAAAAUGAUUUUAAAACAUUAUUUCUUCUGACUUUAAAAUAUUUCCAGCGCGGAGAUUGAGGAAAGUUUUGAUGAAAUAAAUUCUGAAAUGAUUGAAAACAGCAGUACAGAAGUUGUUGAUGAAGAAAUGAAGGAAGAAGAGAAUAUAAUGGAAGAUGGUGUCACUGUACAAAUGGAAGCUGAUGGGAAAUUAUAUUGUGAGUAGGGUUCUAGUUGUGAACAGAACACCAAGAACUCUACCCUUGAGGUUAAAAUGAGAACACACACUGGAGAGCAUCCUUUAAAGUGUGAAGUUUGUGAUAAAAUAUUUUAUAAGCCCCAUCGUUUAACUUCACACAUGAGAUCACACACUGGAGAGAAACCAUUUAAAUAUUGUGACAAGAGGUUUGUUUUGAGUUACUACUUAAAUACUCGUACUCAUAUUCACACUGGAGAGAAACGAUAUCAAUGUGAAACAUGUGAUAAAAGGUUUAGGCAAAGUCGGCAUUUAAAAAGACAUUUGAGAACUCACAGUGAAGAGAAACCAUUCAAAUGUGAAGUUUGUGGAAAAACGUUUAUUGAGAAGGUCCAUUUGAAAUUGGAGAGAAACUGUUUCAUUGUAAUAUGUGUGAUAAAAGGUUUCCAAGAAAAAAAACAUAUGAGAACCCACACUGGUGAGAAACCAUUCAAAUGUGAAGUUUGCGACACAAUGUUUACAUCUAAAGGCAUUUUUACUUCGCACUUGAGAACCCAUACUGGAGAGACCCCAUUCAAAUUUAAUGUUUGUGCUAAAAUGUUUAGUCAAAGAGAUCAUUUACACUCACAUCUGAGAUUUCACACCGGGGAGAAACCUUACAAAUGUGAUAUGUUUGAUGAAAGGUUUACUCAAAGUUCUAACUUGAAUACUCAUAUGAGAACCCAUACUGGCCAUACAAACCUUCUAAAUGUGAAGUGCAAGAUAAAAUCUCGCAACUUCGAAACAUUUUGA